UUCAUUUCAAUCUUUCAAAAGCUGAGACUCUUCUUUUUUCUACUAUCGUCUAUCUUCUAUCGAACGCAGACAUAAUCGUAUCAAGGAAAAUGCUGCUCGCGAAUUAUGGCUCCGACUCUGGCUCAGACUCAGAGUCUGAAGCUCCUGUCGCUCCGCCACCCAAACCAGCCCCCAUAUCUGCUGCUUCUUCAUCUUCAAAAGUCCCACAGCCUAAGAAGAAGAAGCCGGUAAAGAUUACUUUGGAUUUACCCAAAGCAAGCGAUGGUUCCGAAGACGAAAAGAACGUCGGGAAUAAUGUUGAAAUGGGCGAAGAUGAAAGAGAAACGAAAAGGGCAAAGUUACCCAAAGGUGGAAAGGGUACAUCUUCUUUACUGGGCAUGCUCCCCCCUCCUAAGCGCAAGUUGCCUCAGUCAUCAACUUUGGCUACUAAGGGAACAGGUUUGACUGUAAAUAAAGCCAUGGCUCGACCACAACUACCUGCUCCACCGAGAGUUAUCGAUGAAGAUAGCGACGAUGAAGACAGUGUCCCUAAAGUGCGCGAUAUGUUACCUGCGUCCCUCGCUCGUAAACAGCAAAAGAUGGAAAGUAAGGAAGAGGUUAUUGACGUGUUCGGACUGAAAACGGCCUCAGCACCGCUGGCCAAACCGACGAUCGCCACUCCUUCACUCAAGCCGCCAUCCAUUUCCUCUGCGCCCGUCGCGCCUGACUUUGUCCCCCCCGAACCUACAGCCAACGACCCAUAUCCGGGGUAUUAUCAGCUCCCUUCCGGAGAAUGGCGGGCAUACGAUCCUGAUUACUAUCAUUCCUUCUUCCAUUCAUCUGCUCCAGUGUCGGACAAACAAGAUGCUGAUGAUGGACGGGUGGGCAGACAUUGGGAUGCUUUCGAGAAGGGGCAGUUCCAAGGCCAAGUGUUGGAUAUCGAUGCGAACAAGGAUUUGGCAGAGGCCCGAGCAGAAGAAGAAAGGAGAGCAUUGAUGAAGAAGCCGAAGCUUCCCGGGGAAGAGUUUGUCUAUCAGCCAAAGGGCCAAGUCAAGGGCCUUGCCUCCCAACGACACCAGCUUACGUCGCUGCUCAAUACGGCUUACUCUCAGCGGGAGGAGUUGGAAGAGAGAAUCGCAGCAAACAAGAAAGGCAUGCGUGCCGCAGGUACCAAAUAUGGAUUUUAACAUACUCAUUGAUACCAACACAACAAUGUAUGCAUUAUUUUUGUACAAUUCA